AGGAGGAAGAUGCCGUUCCAUCACGUGCGUGCAGGCCUCCUCUAUCCCGACAACUACUUGACUGGUUCGCUUGCUGAAGGAGCGCAAGCUUUCAAGCUCAACAGCAUUUCCACCGAAGAGCUUGGAGAGAUCCGUGAAGCGUUCCGUGUGCUGGACCGAGACGGGAACGGUUUCAUCUCCAAGCAGGAGUUGGGAAUGGCCAUGCGCUCGCUUGGAUACAUGCCCAGCGAAGUGGAGCUCGCCAUCAUCAUGCAGAGGCUGGACAUGGACGGAGACGGGCAGGUCGACUUUGACGAGUUCAUGACGAUACUCGGGCCGAAGCUGUUAUCGUCUGACAACAGAGAAGGUUUCCUUGGCAACACCAUCGACAACAUCUUCUGGCAGUUUGACAUGCAGCAGCUGUCGCUAGACGAGCUCAAGCAGGUUCUGUUCCACGCCUUCCGAGAGCACCUGACGAUGAAGGACAUCGAGAACAUCAUCAUCACCGAGGAGGAGAGCCUCAACGAGACGUCAGGAAACUGCCCCGAGUACGAAGGAGUUCAUCCCAAGAAAAAGAACCGGCAGACCUGCGUGAGGAAAAGUCUCAUCUGCGCCUUUGCUAUGGCGUUCAUCAUCAGCGUUAUGCUCAUCGCAGCCAAUCAAAUGCUGCGCAACGGCAUGGAGUGA